AUUUGAAAUAGCUGGGGGGAUAAAGGAAAGGAUAAUUUCUGACAGCUAAUUAUUAAGUAGAAAUCACACUCUGGCACCACAUUUUUAAAAUAGGUAAAAUGAGAUAUGGGACAGAGUCAAAACUAACUGCUACUCAGCAUCUAUUUUCAGCUUCCUUCUGUAAAGGACUGUCCACUAUCUGUAUUCUUUCACUGCACAUAGUAUACUGGGAGGAGUUUACCAGCAUCUAUUCAGAAUGGCUUGUUAGAGGUGGGUAAGAGUUAAAUGACCUUCUCCGGGGAUAAUGCAGUGUGCUCAGAGGUUCAGCCUGAGUCAUGCACACUGAAACACAAGUGCUGUCACACCCUUUCCCUGAAGAGGACCGGGGCAAGUUUCCUGCCUGCAGAGCAGAAGAGAGCACAGUUCUACAGAGAGCAAGGUUUCCAUUUGCUGUUAACACGUGGAACUGAGGUGAAGCCGUGCUCCUUAAUUUUAUACAUUUGAUAACGUUUGGGAAACAGGACUCAGGUCAUCGAGAUGAAAGCCCUCAUCUUUGCAGCUGCUGGAGUAAUGCUUCUGUCGCCCACUUUUUGUCAAAGCGGUAUGGAAAAUGAUUCAGACAAAUCAACAGAGCCAAUGUUAUCUAUUAGGACCUUUCGUGGAGCCCCCCUCAAUUCUUUUGAAGAGUUCCCUCUUUCGGCCAUAGAAGGUUGGACAGAAACCAUAACUGUAAAGAUUAAGUGCCCUGAAGGAAGUGUUGCAACUCUGUAUGUCAAUAAUGCCACCAUGGGAUAUCUGAGCAACUCCUUAAGUACCAAACUGAUACCCGUCAUCUACAUCCUGGUGUUCGCAGUAGGUGUGCCAGCCAAUGCAGUGACCCUGUGGAUGCUCUUCUUCAGGACCAAACCAAUCUGUGUGACCAUCUUCUAUAUCAACUUGGCGAUUGCAGACUUUCUUUUGUGUGCCAUACUGCCCUUUAAAAUAGCUUAUCAUCUCAAUGGGAACAAUUGGGUAUUUGGAGAGGUCAUGUGUCGGGCCACUACCAUCAUCUUUUAUGGCAACAUGUACUGUUCCAUUCUGCUCAUCACCUGCAUCAGCAUCAGUCGCUAUCUAGCCGUUGUCCAUCCUUUCACUUACCGGGGGCUGCCCAAGCGCACCUACGCCUUGGUAACGUGUGGAUUAGUGUGGGCUACAGUUUUCUUAUACAUGCUGCCGUUUUUCAUCCUGAAGCAGGAGUAUUAUCUUGUCCAGCAGGACAUUACCACCUGCCAUGAUGUCCACAACACAUGCGAAUCUUCAUCUCCCUUCCAACUCUACUACUUCAUCUUCUUGGCAUUCUUUGGAUUCUUAAUUCCAUUUGUGGUCAUCAUCUACUGUUACACAGCCAUCAUUCGGACACUGAAUGCAUACGAUCAUAGAUGGAUGUGGUAUGUUAAGGCAAGUCUCCUCAUUCUCAUGAUUUUUACCAUGUGCUUUGCUCCAAGUAAUAUUAUACUUAUUAUUCACCAUGCCACCUACUACUACAGUACUGAUGGUUUAUACUUAAUCUACCUCAUAGCUUUGUGCCUUGGUAGUCUGAAUAGUUGCCUAGAUCCAAUCCUUUAUUUUCUAAUGUCAAAAAUUAAAGAUCACUCCACUGUUUACCUCACAAUAGUGAGAUCAUCUUAGAGAACAAGAAAAGCUAUUAUAUUUGUGAAAACAUACAUUCUUGGGAUAACAUGCGCAUAAGGGCAAGCAGCUCUAUUUUCUAGCUCCACUUUUGAGUUCCUAAGAGAUAGUGCUUCAAAAUAAAAUAUUACAAAAGCAAUAGCUAUUUAGAAAAACUUUAUCAGUAUUUUAAGAACAUCAGUGCAGGAGAAAAGAUAUCACCACUCUCUUAAUGGCAACUGACACAAUUUGCCUGACUGGUCCUUCAUGCUCUUUACACCUUCAUCUUCCCUACUUCUAGAAGUUUCUACUUUAGAUGACUUGAAGGAAAAUGGGACAAGGUGCAGCAUGGGGAGAAGCUAAGAUCUCAGUUUUCAGUACCUGGUGCCAAUUUUGAUUCUUCAGCCUCUCAUGUUGGUGGCUGCCUCAUUAGCUGAUUCUAUCUUUGUAAUAUGUCUCACUAGGAUCCAUCAUCCUAGUCCUACCUUUGCCUUCCAACCCGUCUCUUUACUCCAGCCUAUCUAGCCUCCAUUCCAUGGGCCACUACCAGAUUAUUCUUGCUCAAAUGUCAGUUUGAAUGCAUCACUCAAAACCCCCAGCUCAAAAACCUCCAUUGCCUCUCCACUGCUUUGGAAUAAAUUAUAAAUCUUUACUUUGGCAUUCAGGGCUAAUGUUCUAAUUUUACUUCCCAAUAAACCUUGUCUGUGAUAUGGGCACUCAUCAAGAUUCUUGUUUUGCUGUGAUGUGAUUUCUUCUCUCUCUGCCCCUGUCUCUAACUGGAAAGCUAUUUCUAACAUGUUUGCCUUAAUUCUUUCCAUCUCUUGAAGUCUUCAAAAGACUAUUCCCUGAUUCUCAAGCUAGAAUUCAUUUUUCUAAUCUGAACUUUCAAAGCAUUUUCUUGUAUUUUUAUUAUGGCACUUAUAUACUUGUAUAGUUCAUGUAUACACAAGUGUUAAUUCCAUAAACACUUAAGCACCAUGUAUAGUAGGGAAGGGCUCAUCUUCUCCCUUUUUUGUGCUGCUGGUGGCAACCCCAAGUCCAAGUCUCCUCAGGGCCUGUGGGGCCCAAUUCCAUGCUUUAUACAUCAUGUGGCCCAAUGAAUGAAAGAAUAAAAUCCCAAAGCAUCUUAACAGCAUGAAAGCUCAUUGAAUUCAUA